AUGAUUUCUUAACAACAUAUUCUGUUAAGUGAUGUUUGUUAAUUGGGAUUACUAAUUUACAUCAAUUAAGGUAUUCAUAUUCAUCUUAAAAUAGCCACAACAUUUUUAACUUUCUGGCUUUCAAGUAUGCUUUAUGCAAGUAGUAUUAUCAUAUUGCUUUUAUGUUAUUUUUUAAAAAAGGAUACAUGGAAUUAAAGAUUUGAAAGUAUAGGCAUAAUUUUAAAGAUCAUUUCAUUAUGGAUAGCUUAAUAAUACAAUUUUGAAUUCAUGUUUUGUUCAUUAAUUUAAAGCUAAAUGUUUUUCUAAAAAAUCGACUUAAAAAAAUAACAAAAAUAGUCUAUAAUGAUUGUGUUUUAAAUGGUCUUUAAUUUAUUUUAAAUAAGAGAAAUCAUAAAAGACACUAUAAUAACAAUUAUAAAUUUAUUCUAAGUUAUUAUUUUUUUUGUAUGGAUAUAUAGAGUGAGAAAACACAAUUUCAAAAAUUAAUAGAAUGCUAAAUUACAAUAAGGGAAUGUUAUAAUUGAAAUCGAUGAUUUUAGAGAUUCCUAAAAAUAACAUUAGAAAUUUAUUCAUACAUCCUCAACAAAAAGGGUAAUAUUGCCUUAGAACACCUUGAUCUUUAAUUAAGAAUUUGAAUUGAUAGACUGCUAAAUAGAUUUUAAGGAAUUAAUUAAUCAUUAAAGCUAAAGUGAUUAGGUGAUACAAAUUAUGUUAAGUUUGAAAUUAAAUUAUAUUAUCGAAAAAGAAUCCAAAUCUUGUGAAAUAAAAUAAUUGAUGGAGUAAUUAUAAUUAGAUUAACGGAUUUUAGGAACAAUUGAAAAAAAUGAUUAUAUAAAAUAUGAGAAUAAUGUAUUGCUCAUUAGUUGUUAACUAUUUGAAGAUCUCAGAUGUUAUCAAAUUGAAAUAGUCUAAGUACCUUAAAAACAUAGAAAAGUUGAAAUAGAAGAAUCAAUAGAAAUAGAUAUGUGUAGAUCAUUAUCUCAUGAAUUGGGAACUAAUUUAAAUAGUAUUAUUACUUUUACAGCCAUGGCUUUGGAUGAUGAAAAAAUAGAUAAAUGUACAAAAUUGAAAUAUUUGGACCCUAUUUGGAUUAACUGUGAGUAAUUGAAUCUAAUUGUUGGUUCGAUAAGAGAUUAUAAUUUAAUAAAUUUGUAGCAAUUUUCUUUGAAAUUAGAAGAAUUGGAUUUACAAUAAGAAAUUAAAUUUAUGGUAUCAUUAUUUUAGGAUAGUAUUGAAAGUAAAUAAAUAAAGGUAGAUUGUAAAUUUGAUUUGUAAUGUUAUUAAUUUAUAGGAGAUAAAAUUAGAUUUCGAUAAGUAUUAUUUUAAUUGUUAUAAAAUGCUAUAAAAUAUACAUUUUAAUCAUCAAUAACUAUAGGAAUUACAAAUGAUUAAUUAGAAUGUAAAGUAUUGAUUACAGAUGAUGGUGUUGGAAUGGUAAAUAAUUGAUAAAUAUUUUUUAGACUGAAGAGGAAGCAGAGAAUUUAAACUCUUUAUUGAGAUUGAAUAAAUUUAUUAGAGUAUCUGAAUAAUCAGUGGGGAUUGGAUUAGGGUUAGGAAUCUCGAAUUAAUUGGUUAAGUAAAUGGGAAAUUAAGACAAUUAGAUAGAAUUGAAAAGGUUGGUUAAAGGUUGUUAAUUCUCAUUCUCGAUAAAGAAUCACUAUGAUGAAUUAACAAAGGAAUUUAGUAGAUAAAAGUCAAGUUUCUUUCCAACGAGAAAUAAUUAAACAAUAAGAUUUAUUUCAGCGAAUUCAUAUUAUGAAAAUUAAAUAAGAGAAUAUUCUCAUUCUAAAAAUGGAUUGAAAAGUAGUAUUGUUUAAAAUAAUUCAAAGAUAUACAGAUUUCCAUUAACAAUAUAAAUUAGUUUGGGUCAUGAUUUAAAAAGUUAAAAAGAAGAAAGUAGUAGCAUAUCUUCAAUUCAUCCUCCAAUUUUAAGUCCUAAAUUUUAAUAAUCAAUUAUACAGUGUAGUUUAAAAAGUGAUUGUUGUUCUAGAGUAUUAAUAGUAGAUGAUGAAUAUUUCAAUAUUUAAUGUUUAAAGUUGUUGAUGUUGAAAUAUUAAUCAAAAUGUGAUGCAGCAUAUAAUGGAAAUGAAGCUAUAAAUUAAGUUUUAGAGAAGAAAAACAAUGCUUGUUAGAUUUGUGGAAAUAAAUUCUAUAGUUUAAUAUUUUUAGAUAUAAAUAUGCCUAUAAUGGAUGGAUUUAAUACAGUGAAAGAAUUAAAGAGAAUGAUGAGUGAAUAAAUCAUAAAUAAGUCAUAUUGUAUUGCAAAUACAGGAUUUUGUGAUUUAGAUACGAAAUUAAAGAGUUAUGAUUCUGGGAUGGAUUAUUAUUUAACUAAACCAUUGGAUUAGAAGGAAUUGAAUAAAAUAUUAAAUGAUAUAUAUCCUAUGUUAAUCUCUUGA